AUGGACUUCAACAGUGUGGCCUCUGUUGAAUAUUCCUACGACCGUGCCUUGCCCUCCGAACCGGAGAUUCAUUCGAAUCUACAUCCCUUCGACUACCCGCGACCACCACAUUCAUCCUAUGACGCCGAAUCCUCGUCGCAGCCGAUACCAGUCAUUUCCUCGCUGAUCAACUCCUUAUCUGCAAUAGCCGCAACGGAAGAUCCUGAUUUGGAUCACGAUUUGGGUGUCGAGCGGCAUACAUACCAUUCCGCUUCAAUAUACAGUCGGCCGGUGUCGCCUAGGCCCCCCGACCCGGAUGAAUUGGAUAGGGACCUGCACGAUCCCCCUAUCGUCGAUGAUAGUAGUGAGGCAGAAGUGGCCGCCGCGCCUGUAGUUCGCUACGCACGACGACCUCCUAUAUUAUCCAAGAGGUCGAGCCGAUCAAGAUUCUAUUCUCUGAACAUGUCUCAGCCUGGCCUGGCUCCGCGGGAUUCUCUGCAGAGCCUGAAGUCGCGUGCCGAAAGUGACAGCGUGGGCAUACCCAGCAUCGAGAGGCGACAUGGUUCCAGUAAUUCUUCUGCCUUCUCAAUAAUCAGCGGCGUGAGCGCUCUUCGACGAAAGCCGACAAUAGAGUCAAUCCAUGACAAAGCGACAACGAGACCGAUCCCUCCGAAACGACUCUCUUCUGAUCGACGGCGAAAGACCGAGUCACUUUACAGUAUGGACCCCGAGAAAGAGAAUAAAUAUCCCACACGUUCUGCGUCCAUUGACGGCUACUCGACCAGCGGAACCCAGUUGGACCACUCGUCGGCCGAUAGCCCUUCUGUUCCAGCCCUCGGCCGCUUGAGCAGAAGUGAUCUGGCCAAUCAUAUGAUUCCUUCCCGUCGUUCAUCCCUUCGACGUAGUGUCACGGGCCUGUCAGACGCCUCCCAGGAUACUACUAGAUAUUCUAUGUCCAGCCGAAACCUGAAAGAACUCAAUAUUGACUCGGAAUUGAUCGAAGGCGACCAUUCAACCGUCAGGAGAAUACGGGAGUUGCAAGAAGCCCGGGAGAAGCGCCAGAAGGAAUGGCGAAAUGAAGCUCGAAAAUCUGAGCGAGCGGCCAAGAGACAUACUAUUGCGACCCCCAAGAUGUCUCAGCGAACAGGCUCAUACCCGAGUUCGCGGCUCUCUGUUACCGAGGUUGUGGUGGAGUCCCCUGAAGUUGAAAGUCCUCUUGAACUGUCUGCCUGUGUCACCGCCGCUGAUCUGGCGGACAUGCCUGUUUUAGUACCCCGAGCUUCAAAAGGGAACUCCCCAAUCCAGAACAUGGGGACCACCACCCCAUCAAAUCCGACAAGUGAGGCUCCUUCACGAGGUAAUAGCAUCUACCGCAGUCCCGCAAGUCAACCGAAAAGGAAUUCCGCAACCCCGUCCAUAAAGCCAGAGACCCCCAUGUCAGAAGUCAAGUCUAUCUCGGACGAGGUGGAUGCGUUCCUCGGUGCACCCCGAUUCACCCAGAAAAUACGACAUCCUCGGACGGGCAGAACAAUUGCCUUUUCGGAAGUCGGGGACCCCAAUGGGUUUGUGGUGUUAUGUUGCGUUGGGAUGGGCCUCACCCGGUAUCUUACGGCGUUUUACGACGAGCUGGCUAGAACGCUACGGCUGAGAUUGAUCGCACCAGACAGACCGGGCGUUGGUGAAAGUUCACCUGUGCCGGAAGCCUCGUGUACUCCUUUGAAUUGGGUUGACGAUGUGGCUGUCAUAUGCAAUUCGCUGGAGAUCACAAGAUUUUCCCUUCUGGCGCAUUCGGCUGGAGCAAUAUAUGCUCUUGCUACUGCGCUGAAAAUGCCCCAGUACAUACGUGGGCGCAUCCACCUCAUGGCGCCGUGGAUACCACCUUCACAGAUGCCCAAAGGAGCAGCAUUGGGACCAGAUUCGCAACCCAUUGCCAAUCUCCCGUUGACUCACAAGAUCUUAAGUGUGCUCCCGGCGCAGAUCCUCAAGGUCGCGAACUCACGCUUCCUGACUGCAACAAGUGCCUCCGUCGAUGCAAAGCCGUUGAAAGGAAAAAAGAACAAGAAUUUGGAGAACUUUGAAGCAACGUUGGAUUAUCCAUUCCAUGAUCUGAACGAAGAUAGCCCUUUUCCCAAAGCCGUCCCUGAUGUGGAACCCCCACACCCACCAACGGCAACACCAGGUCGAGCUCGCAGCGUAUCUUGCUAUCAAGCAAACAACGAAUCACUGGGAAUGCAAGCUACCCUGGCGAAAACGCCCAGCCCAGAUUCACGCCGACAGACACAGUCCUCUGCUAAGCAACCGCCGUCCGUAUUUCAACCCAUGUCACCUCGCUUGACCCCUGAAGCUCGUCAUGCUCUUUACAAUCAAACACUGACACAUCGGAUUUGGGCGCUUGCCACGCACAAUGCUAAUCCCGCCAUUGACCUGGUGGUUUGUCUUGAACGAAGAAAAACGAUUGGAUUUCGAUAUCCCGAAGUGACGAGGUCGGUCGUCAUCCACCAUGGCACGAGAGAUACACGAGUGCCCUUAGACAAUGUACGUUGGUUGCAGAGUGUUAUGAAACGGUGCGAAUUAAGGGUCUUGGAGGACGAAGGCCACGGACUCAUGGCGUCCGCAUCAGCGAUGGCGACAGUCCUCGGUGAAAUUGCCAAGGAGUGGGAAGAGUGGGAGAAGAUUGCUAUGGGCAAAGAAAAGAGGAAGAAGGAAGAAGGGCCUCCCACAAUUACGAGGAGGGAGGUCAUAAAUACUUUUUGA